AGGACAGCCCACUGUGCGGUGUGAACCCCUUCGGCUAGCAGUGCGUCCACCUGCAUUUCUAUACGCACCUCGGGGUGACAAGUGACAGCUGCCGGAUGCCGGGGGCACAUGGGAAGAAUGAGUAUUGUACAAGAGACGCAUGAGAUAAGGUAGUAAAAUAAAGAAACAGUAACGUAACAGUGGCGACGAGGCGGUAGAAGUUUGCAAAAAAAAAAAAAAAAAGCCAGUGAAAAUUUUCCCGGGACCGUGUGUUAUCAUCGACAAUGGAAGGUGCUCAAGAAAACAAUUCUGAUGCAGGCGGAGGAGAGUCAUCAAAGAAUGUGUCGGAAGCGAUACUGAAAAUUCUCGCCAACCAGCAGAGCCUCAUGUCUUCUAUGGCACAACAGCUUCAAUUGACGAAUCAAUCCAUACAAAAGUUCACACAUGUGGAGGUUGUACUUGACUCAUUAUCAACGAACUUUUCGAUCGGGAUGCUUGCAACCUUGACAACGCGGGAAAAGUGAGGUUACUUUUACGCAAACUGAGCCCACAAGAUCACGAGCGGUACAAUAGUUUCAUAUUGCCAAAACUAGCUCGCGAAUUCACAUUCGAACAAACAGUGGAAAAGUUAAAAUCCCUGUUUGGCGCUACCAUCUCUACGUUUCGCCGCAGAUACAAUUGUCUUCAAAUGACAAAAGAUGACGUAGAUGAUUAUCUUUCAUAUUCCUGUAAAGUGAACAAAUCCUGUGUUGAUUUUAAACUUUCCGAGUUAACUGAGGAACAGUUUAAAUGCUUGAUCUACGUAUGUGGACUUAAGUCAAGCAGCGAUGCAGAGAUUCGUAUGAGGCUGAUCAACAAACUGAACGAAGCACAGGACAUCACGCUCCAACAAAUCGUCGAACAGUGCAACAGUCUCGUUAACCUCAAACAGGACACUGUGCUUGUAGAGCAACCAUCGUCAGUGCAGUACGUUGCUAACAAAGGUUCAUCACAGCAACAACGUCAUCCCAGCGGAGGAAACAAACAGCAGGAUCAUCCUCGUACUCCUUGCUGGUCUUGCGGUGCAAUGCACUUCCACAAAGAUUGUCCGAGUCGAAACCACAAAUGCAAAGAUUGUGGUAAAAUUGGACAUUCCGAGGGAUACUGCGCCUGUUUCACAUCAAUGGCGACCACCAGUGCUCCAGCGCAGAAGGCACCGUGGAAGAAGCAGUACAAGCGGAAGCAACAUCAGGGACAGACAUCGAAGAUAGUGACAGUCAACCAUGUCACUCAAAGAAGGAAGUUCGUCUCCGUUCAUCUCAACAACAUUCCCCAUCGACUGCAAAUUGACACCGGAUCGGACAUCACCAUCAUCUCACAUCAGGCAUGGAAGCGUAUCGGUUCUCCGGCAGUCAAACCAGCCACUUGCAAUGCUAGGACAGCGUCGGGCGAUCCGUUGCAAUUAGCAGCGGAGCUGGAGUGCAGCAUCACCAUCAAUAACGUUACGAAACAGGGUAAGUGUUUUGUAACUGAUCCGAAUGUCAAUCUUAACGUUUUAGGGAUUGAUAUGAUGGACCUUUUUGGACUGUGGAACGAGCCAAUCACAGCGUUCUGCAACCAGAUCUGCACCCCGAAGACGACUAACAUAGCAGAACUACGGUCUCGUUAUCCAGACGUCUUCAACGACAAAAUGGGGUUGUACAACAAGACAGCAGUACAACUUACGUUGAAGGGCACGCCUACACCAGUAUUUCGUGCAAAGAGACCCGUUGCGUACAUGAUGGAAGCUGUUGUUGAAGAUGAGCUGCAUCGUCUGGAAAAUCUUGGCAUCAUCAAAAAAGUGGAUUUUUCUGACUGGGCUGCACCCAUCGUCGUGGUACGAAAACUGAACGGCACCGUUCGUAUUUGUGCGGAUUUCUCGACGGGGUUGAACAACGUGCUGGAGUCGAAUAAUUAUCCUUUACCACUGCCAGAGGAUAUCUUCGUGAAAAUGGCUAACUGCGUCAUUUUCAGCCAUAUUGAUUUGUCGGACGCCUACCUACAAGUACCCGUAGACGAAGCAAGCCAACCAUUCCUAACCAUCAACACCCACAAGGGACUGUUUCAAUUCACACGAUUGUCACCCGGCAUCAAAUCAGCGCCAGGGGCAUUUCAAAAGUUGAUGGAUACGAUGCUCGCUGGGCUCAAUAGCACCACAGGGUACCUGGACGACAUAUUAGUAGGUGGACGAAACGAAGAUGAGCAUCAGCAAAACUUACAUCUCGUGCUAAACCGUUUGCGAGAUUACGGAUUUACCAUACGCAUUGAAAAAUGUAAUUUCAAUAUGCGCCAAGUCAAAUAUCUGGGACAAAUCCUUGAUGCACAAGGAAUCCGGCCAGAUCCAGAUAAAAUAGCACCAAUUGUGAGCAUGCCACCGCCGCACGACAUUCCAACGCUGCGAUCAUACCUUGGAGCCAUAAAUUAUUAUGGCAAAUAUGUCCAAGAAAUGCGCACACUCCGUCAGCCCAUGGAUCAACUUUUGAAGGCAGGUAUGAAAUUUCAUUGGUCCACAGCAUGCCAAAGAUCAUUCGAUCGUUUUCGAGAAAUUUUACAAUCUCCAUUACUGCUAACGCAUUACAAUCCAAAAAUGGAGAUAAUAGUAUCUGCAGAUGCUUCGAACGUAGGAUUGGGUGCUCGCAUUGCUCACAAGUUUCCUGAUGGAUCAAUUAAAGCCAUUUACCAUGUGUCGCGUAGCUUAACAUCAGCUGAAAGUAACUAUAGCCAAAUUGAAAAAGAGGCGCUGGCUUUGAUAUUUGCGGUUACACGCUUUCACAGAAUGAUUUAUGGGCGUCGAUUCAUUCUGGAAACAGAUCACAAACCUUUAUUGGCUAUUUUUGGUGCAAAGAAGGGUAUACCAACGUAUACAGCAAAUCGUUUACAACGAUGGGCAUUAACCCUUCUGCUCUACGAUUUUUCGAUUAACUAUAUCUCUACAGAUAGUUUUGGUCACGCCGACGUAUUAUCACGUCUUAUCAAUCGACAUGUGCGGCCAGAUGAAGAGAUGGUCAUAGCUAAUCUCACUUUCGAAAAAAGUAUUCGGAGCAUCUUAAACGAAUCACUGCAAGCAGUCCCAUUGUCGUUCAAGACAAUUCAAAAUACAACCAAAAAUGAUGAUACCUUACAACAAAUCAUCAAGUUCAUUAAGGAAGGUUGGCCACCUAAAACCAUCAUAAACGAUCCUAAAAUCCUACAAUUUUAUCAACGACGAGAUGGACUGUCUGUCGUAGCAGAUUGUAUUAUGUAUGGAGAGAGAUUGGUCGUGCCUCCCAGUUCCAGGGAAAGUGUCCUCAAGCAGCUACACAAGGGACACCCUGGUAUCGAACGCAUGCGCUCGAUCGCACGGCAGUAUGUGUACUGGCCAAACGUCGAUGAAGACGUUGCACAUAUCGUAAAAUCGUGUAUCGAAUGUUCUAGUGUUGCGAAAACAGAUAGAAAAACAACUCUUGAAUCCUGGCCAGUUCCGGAAAAAGCAUGGCAAAGGCUACAUCUCGAUUAUGCAGGGCCUGUUGAAGGUUACUACUAUCUGAUUCUGGUUGACGCAUACUCUAAGUGGCCAGAAGUGAUGCGCACUAAAGACAUCACCACAACCGCAACAUUGCGCAUGCUCCGCAAUAUUUUCGCAAGACACGGACAACCUGAAACAUUGGUCACUGAUAAUGGUACACAAUUUACCAGUAAUAUGUUCGAAACAUUUUGUGAGCACUAUAGUAUUGUGCAUUUGAAGACUGCUCCCUUUCAUCCGCAGUCAAACGGACUAGCAGAAAGAUUCGUCGACACAUUCAAGAGAGCCCUUAAAAAAAUUACAGCAGGGGGGGAAACGUUAGAAGAAGCUAUCGACACCUUUCUGCUGUGCUAUCGUUCAACACCAUGUCGUAGUUCACCGGAAGGAAAAUCACCAGCUGAGCACAUUUAUAAAAGACCAAUACGAACAGCUCUCGAAUUAUUACGUCCACCCUCUUCAUCGCACAAAGUCCAUGAUAACAAACAAGAAAAGCAGUUCAAUCUCAAACACGGAGCAAAGAAGCGGCAUUACUCCCCUCAGGACUUAGUGUGGGCUAAAGUGUACCAUAACAACAAAUGGAGUUGGGCUCAUGGGCAAGUUAUUGAGCAAAUUGGUAGUGUGCUGUACAAUGUAUGGUUGUCAUCAACGAGGAAGCUCAUUCGAUCGCAUUGUAAUCAGCUACGAAGUCGACAUGAAGCAGAAGUUUCCCAGCAAGAGCAACUAGCAACUACAGACGUUCAGAUACCGCUGGCGAUACUUCUCGAUAAUUGUGGUCUUAACGAUGAAGUAGAAAGUGAAACCACAACAUCCACAACACUCCCAUCAGAAAUGUUGGCAGACCUGGCACCACCACGUCAACGACGCCGUGUUGGAUCAUCACGUAACAACAAUCAACCACCGGCACCUACACGUCAAUCAUCCAGACAACGCGUACCACCAACUAGAUACGACGCGUAUCAUCUUUACUAAAAAAAAGGGAGGUGUUGGCAGGACAGCCCACUGUGCGGUGUGAACCCCUUCGGCUAGCAGUGCGUCCACCUGCAUUUCUAUACGCACCUCGGGGUGACAAGUGACAGCUGCCGGAUGCCGGGGGCACAUGGGAAGAAUGAGUAUUGUACAAGAGACGCAUGAGAUAAGGUAGUAAAAUAAAGAAACAGUAACGUAACAAAAACAAAAAUAUGUUAAAGCUCUGAAAUACUCUUAGGAAGAACCAAUGCCAAAUAUGUGCAGAUAAAAACAAAAUAAAUUGCGUCAAAGAUCCUCGAACAUGUAAAGAAUGCGAGAGAAAUGCAUAUAAAUUAUAAAUUUGGUGGUAUAUUUGUUCAUAAAAAUAUUUUCUGUAGAAUGAAUAAAGUGGGCACUUUAUUUUGGCACAAUGAUUUCGAUCAAUUUUGAAAAAAAAAUUUUUUCUUGAAGCAAACUUCUCAUUUUUAUCAUGCUAUGGUAGGGCGCAUUCUUAAGCAUAUGAAGAACAAUGUUUUAAAAAAUAAGGCAGUACAAUAACUUCAUUUUUGCCAGAAAAAAAAAAAAUAAAAAAUGUUAAAUUGUAAGUAGUGGCCACUUUAUUUUGCCGGCCACUGUACCACUCCAGAUUCUCCAAGAUCAAUCUGGAAAUUAAAUUAAUAAAAAAUAUUAGUGAAAUGUUAGGACUGAGAGCAACAGGAUAAUAUUAAUACUACUUCAUUCGAAAAACGAAGCUUAUCCGUCCGAAGAAACGAGUGGGAAGAAGGGCGGUGGUGGGUAAUUAAAGUGGAAGUAUAGUGAGUUUAGCAAUGACUGUGUUAGUGCAACAUACAAUUUUGCAUGAAUGAUCACGACUACUAAAAAAAUAGAGCCUAGAAUAUAAAACACAUUA